AUGCCUGCGUUUGUAAUUCCACAACUAAGACCCGACAUUUCUCGCGUUCACACCUAUCCGCUCUCAUCUUCGCUACCCAACACCAUCUCGUCGUCAACCAACACCCUGAGCCCCAACAUGCUGUCCCCACAACAACAAGCCUCAAAACGUCGUCGUCGGGAUACUUUUGUUGAACGCUUGCUCAAAGAUCCAAUCCUUCAGACGAUGGCCGACAUCGGGAAGCAAGAGGACACCAUCAAACCAUUACCAGCACCACAACGUGCUCGUAGCCGCACCAUAAAUUUCAAUGAGCAUCAGAAUCAACAUUAUGAUGACGAUUACGACUAUAACGAUAAUGCAACUUUACUCCACGCGAAUUUGAAGAACUACUUAGAGGCCGACAACGAAGACUCCAACAACGCUGAACCACGCCGCACCAUCAAGACUCUACAAAAAUAA